AUGAGUAGAUUCAACUAUGUUUUCAAGCCUUUGUCGAUUGAUACAUUCGAAUAUAGUUACAUGGAUGGGAAGACUGAGAAAUCAUUCACUAUAAAAAGAAAAACAUCAUUAAAGGAAGGAAAGAGUGUAAUGUAAAGGAGUGAACCUAUUACUUAAUUUAAUAAUGAAACCAUUAAACAGAGUCAAAAGAGGGCUUAAACUAGUAGACGAAUGAAAUAAUCUCCAAAACCCAGAAGUUAGUCAAUUAAUUCUAAUACUCCAAAAAUUGCAAUUCGUAAAAUUGAAAGCAGAUUGGAAGAUGAAUUAGAAAUUACAGAUAUAAGAAACUCAAUUUAAAAGAGAUCAAUUAACAUACCCUAAAUGAAUUAUCUCAAUUUUAAUAUAGCAAUCAUGAGUGGACAAACUAGUAGUUCAUUUCCAAAAGCAUAAGAAUUGAUAAAUAAAGACAAUAAACUGUUGAGGAAGAAAACACUUGACAACUCUAAAGCUUUGAAAACUAUUGAGAAUGAGAUUCAAUAAUAUGAGCGCUUAGAGAAUUACCAUCCUUUAAAUAUCAAAGAACAUAUUGGAAGGAUGCUUGCCAUUAAUGAAAAACGAACUCCCAUUAGGUAGAGAAACAAGGAUAGGGAAGCAUUUACAAGAAAUUUAUAAUUUCUUGAAGAAUCACUUCAGUAAUCAACAGCUCCUGAGAAAAAGUUGCAAACAGUUAUUCAAUAGUAUUUUUUAAAGAAGAAAUCAUUCUAAGAAGAAAAAGCAAAAUAAGAAGAAAUUUAAUAGACUAAAUUGUAAGAGGAAACUAUUAAAAUUAAUAUAAAUAAAGGAAAUAUGAGAAUGUCAACAACCUUUUUAAAGAGAUUCAUUCAUUAAGUUGAAAAAGAUAAGUAAUAGAAAUUUUAAGUAUAACAAUCUAUUGAAGACUAGUUAUAGACUUCAGAAUAAUAAUAAGAACAGACUUCUGAAUAAUAAUAAUAAGAGUAGACUAAUGGAUAAUAAUAAUAAGAAAAAACUUAUGAAUAAUAAUAAUUAUAACAAUAACAAAGUUAACAAAUAGAAACUUAAAAAAGUUAUAUGUACUCUAUAAAAUCAUCCCAAAUAAAUAAAAAAAGGUAGAAUGCCAUUUAUAGUGGAUAAGUAAGGACUAUAUUCAAAAGAAUGUUCCAUUUAAUCCUUGAUUGUGUUAAAAAAAUGAAAUAAAUGAAACUUACAAUAAAAGAGUUAUUUUAACAUGGUGUAAUUUAAAAGAAACCUUAUGAAAGACAAGGAUCUUUCUAGUUUUUUGAAGCUGUAGAAAAUAACAGCCACGGUCUCAUUACCUUUAUGCUUUAGAAAUGUAGAUAUUAUGCUUUUGAUAUCAAUGAAGAAGGACAAACACCCUUACACAUAAGUUCAAUCCUUGGUUACUAUGAAACAACUGAAAGGUUGCUAUAAUGUGGGUCAUAUCCUGAUUCUUACGAUUUUAAAGGAUUGCCUCCACUCUAUUAUGCUAUUUAAUAAUAGCAUAGGGAAAUUGUUAAAUUAUUAUUAUUUUAUAAUGCUAAUCCUUGGUCCAAUAGUAAAUAUAAAUUAGAGACUCAAAAUAAUGAGAUCAGAAGCUUAUUGAAAUAAUCAAGAAAAAUUCAUUUAUUACUAUUAUUAACUAAACACUCAGAUAGAGAUCAAAUUUGGAUCAAUUCAAGAAAAUCUUUGUUAUCUUGA